CUUAGUCUAUGGCCGCUUAUUGAUUGGUCGACGAGGAGAUGUAAAAAAUGGCUGCCUUGCCUUCUCCUACUCAGGUGGCAGGGACCCACAGCGCUAUAUACGAAGCAUACUAUCACCAGGUUGAUCCCAAUGGCGCGGGCACAAUCCAGGCCCUGGACGCUGCGCGCUUCCUCAAGAAGUCCCGCCUCAGUGAUGUGGUGCUCAGCAAGAUAUGGGACCUCUCCGACCCCACCGGCAAGGGAUACCUGGAUAAAGCGGGACUGUUCGUGGCACUGAAGCUGGUGGCGCUGGCGCAGGCCGGCAAGGACAUCAACAUGAGCAACAUACACUCCGAGGCACCGCCACCUAAAGUUGGCGAGCUCCCGAAGGUGCCGCCGAUGUCGGCGCCCCCGGGGCGGCCGGCGGCGCCGUCGCCCGCGCCGCUGCUGCCGCUGAGCGACUGGAGCAUGAAGCCCGCCGAGCGCGACAAGUACAGCCAGCUCUUCGACUCGCUGCAGCCCAACAACGGACUCAUCGCCGGGAAUAAGGUGAAAGGCAUGCUGAUGGAGUCGAAGCUGCCGAUAGAGACGCUCGGCAAGAUCUGGGACCUCGCUGACCAGGACAAGGAUGGCAUGCUCGACAGACAUGAGUUCAUGGUGGCGAUGCACCUAGUAUACAAGGCGCUAGAGAAGCACGCAGUCCCCACCACCCUGCCGCCCGAGCUGCGCGGCCCGGGCGGGCGGCCCGCGCGGCCUCCCUCGCGGCCUCCCUCGCGGCCCCCCAGCCGGCCUCCAUCACGCCCGCCCUCCCCCGCCACGCGGCCGCCGCCCCCGCGCCCGCAGCCGCCGCCGCAGCAGCCGCAGUCCAAUGCCUCGCUGUUGGAAGGAUUGCUGGACUUGUCUAGUCCCCCCACACAGACAGCACCGCCGAUGCCGGCCAUGCCCUCCAUCUCCCCCUCGCCCCUCUCCUCGUCCCUCCUCAACUCCACCCCGGCGCCAGUGGCGUCCGGCACGUGGGUGGUGACGGACGCGGAGAAGGCGGCAUUCGACGCGCAGUUCGCGGCCGCUGACACCGACCGAGAUGGCUACGUCUCCGGCAAUGAGAUUAAACACAUGUUCCUCGAUUCUGGCUUGCCGCAGCAGACGUUGGCUCAUAUAUGGGCGCUGUGCGACAUGGAGGGCGUGGGCAAGCUGUCGCGCGGACAGUUCGCGCUCGCCAUGUGGCUCGUGCAGCGAGCGCUGCGCGGGGUGCCGCCGCCGCCGCAGCUCUCCCGGGACAUGCUGCCGCCGCCGGACGAGAAGCCGACAGAACCAGCCCUGUCUCUAGGGCCGCAGCCGACACCGGAAAUGGAGGCGAUAGCGCGGGAGGUGGACGCGCUGGCGCGGGAACGCUUGGCGCUGGAGGCUGAGCUCGCAGCCAAGCAGAGAGACCUCACUGUCAAGACUGGGGAGGCGGAUAGCUUGCAGAGCGAGCUGGACACGUUAACGGCUACACUAAAACAGUUAGAAAACCAGAAAGGUGAAGCACAAAAGAGGUUAAAUGAUCUCAAAUCACAGGUAGAGAAACUCCGUUCGCAAGUAUCAGCACAAGAGGCGGCGGCGGCGGAGACGGAGGCGGAGGUGGCGGGGCGGCGCGCGGCGGCGCAGACGCUGCGCGAGAAGGAGCGCGCGCUGCAGGCCGACGUGGCGGAGGCGGAGGCCGAGGCCGAGGCCGUCACGGCGCAGCUGCGCCGCACUGUGCUCGCUGUUAGCCAGGCGAACAUAAAGAUCUCCCACCUAGAGGAGCAGCUCCGACUCAUCAGCGCAGCAGCAGAGACGCUGGCAGCGCCGGGAGUGGCGCCGGGCGACGUGCUGACGCUGCAGCCGCAGUACUCCGCCGAGCAUCUCGAGCGCCUCGUGCGGGGAGCUACACCCAAUGAUGCACUGGAGGACGAGCCGUUCGCUAAAAGCAACGGCUUCGCCAGCGGCGGCGGGUUCGAAUCUGAACCUUUCGCGGCGUUCCCGACCUCUACGCAGCCGCACGAUCCCUUCGCGCCCAACCACAACGCGCUGCCGCAACAGGACGGCUUCGGCUCGGACCCGUUCGCGUCGAGCGCGGAUCCUUUCGCAGGCGACGCCUUCACCGCACACGACAAUACCGCCGAGGUUAAUGACGAUGACCCGUUCGCGGUGCUGCACGCGCCGGCGCGCCGCACGCCGACGCCGGCGCUGCCGCCCAAGCGCCACAAGACGCCGCCGCCGCGCCCCGCGCCGCCAAGACCCAACCCGCCCGGGAAGACCGACCCCGCCCCCGCCAUGGACUUCGCCGACGAUCCCUUCAAGGACUACCGCUACGAGGACCCCUUCAACAUCGAGGACCCCUUCGCCGACCAGACCGACUCGCGCCGGCUAGACCCCUUCGGUGCUGCCCGACCCACCUCCGUCGCCGGCUUCGAGACCGACGACUUCUUCGCGCCCGGCGCCCCCCUCAAUGGCAGCGCCGCCCCCGCCAGCCGACCCAGCGGCCGUGUCUCUGCUCCGCCCCUCGCCUCAGACCCCUUCGCCGCCCGCGCAGACUUCAAGCCCAAGCCCAGCGCCGCCAACAACAACGACACGUGGGCCGCCUGGCCCAACGACAACUGGGCCGCCGACGACGCCUGGGCGCAGCCCGCGCAGACCACGCGCUCCGCCGACGCCUGGGCCUCCAGCAAGAAGAACACCAACACCACCACCGCCAGCGACUGGAAGACAGACAACUGGGCCAACAAGACAGACGACUGGGCGACGGACUGGGGCGCCACCGACGCCAACAAGAACCUCAACGAGACCUGGCCUACUACGAACACGUUGCCUUCCAAGAAGGAGAAGUCGCCGCGGCCUGUGAAAUAUGCCAAGUCUCUUGUACACACGAUAGGUGGUAUCGGGCGGACGAAGCAGAAGGAGAAGAAGCAGAAGAACGCGGUGUCGGAGGGCGCCCUGCCCACGGAGGAGCAGCAGUGGGCGUGGGCGGCGGCGGAGUCGCGGCGCCUGCAGGCCGAGGCGGAGGCGCGGCGCCGCCAGGAGGACCACGAGCUGCAGCUCGCGCUCGCGCUGUCCAGGCAGGACAACUGACACUCACGAUACACGAACAUUAACUCACCACUCCAGCAUUCAUUGCAAACAUAUAUUUACGAGACUCAAUAAAUUCAAUGCGAAUUCUCUCAAACAAGACACGAGAUGUCACGCAAAAUUGAUAACCGCUGGUCUUUCUAGAUCUAAGCCUUAUGCUGUGCAGAUGACGUAUUUUGGCUAGUCUGAAGUUAGCUUUGUAACUUCAGACUGGUGAAGAUACAUGGUCAAAGUAUACGUUCGUUAUAAUUUAGGUAAAUCGUUCAGCAUUCCAAUUUAGGACGGCACGAGUCGUCGGUUAUGUAUAAACAUACAUAUUGCAUAUCGCAAGAUUCCUAUGAUCUAUCCAUGGCAGUUAUAAGUCCAUCUUUCAAUAAAUAGAAUCAAAAGCAAAUGUGAUUGUGGUAGGAGAAUGGGUCAUUCUGUACAGAACCUUUGAAGGAAGUUGGUUUGCUCUAGUUGGUAAAUAAUCUUAUUUUGAUAAUGCACAAUGACUAUAAUGCUUUUUGUGCGAGAUGUAAUUUGAAAAUUAAUCCGUAGAAAUUGCAAAAAAAAAAAACUGCGUAAUUCACAAUUCAUCCGUGUAAAAAUUAAUUAAUAACAUUUUUACCAACUGCUUACAAACCAAUUGAUAUACAAAUUGUUUUACUAGUCAAUUUGAUUACUGCAAGUUGGGGUCUCGAUCAAACGGUGAUGUCUGGGCGUGUAUAUUAAUUCCUGCUGCGUUUGUGAAUCGGACAGUUUAAGCAUUGACCGGGUAAAGUGCGGAAUGCUCAAGUAAAUAGGCGAAGUCGCAUGACAGGAUCAUAUCACAAAGUUUAGGCUUAGCAUGUAUAGAAAACGGGUAGUUUAUGUCAGUUGGUAAAACCAUACUGCCUGUACCCGGCCAAUUACUUAAAUACCCGAUUCAUUAACGUAGAAAAAUCUUAAUUAUAAAUAAAUUAAAUAUAAAAGUGUAAUAUAUUGUUGUCUGCAAUUGAGGCCUAAUAGCUUCCUCACUAUACUGUAUAGUCUGUUAGUUGUAACUAUAUCGCGUUGUGACAGGCUCGGGCAAUAUGCACAUUGCUUCGUCAACGUUACCCGGCAAUGUACACAUUGUCCUGAAGCCUGUCGGUACACAGGCGAGUAAACUUCCCUCAUUAUAAUAAAGUUCUUAAGAGUGGGUUGUUCCUCGCUAAAUGAGAUUCUCGUGUGAAUGUUCAAACGUUACAAAGAGGCGACAAUAUACUCGUAACCUCUUUAAUGCUCCCGUAUUAUAGUAACGUGCCACACGAAACUGGUCCUUAUUAAUGUUACAUUAAGGUCUGCUAUUUAUUUCUCCUUAAGGCUUGCCCCCAUUUGAGUAUUGGUCCAAAUAGAGCCGAAAAGCCAAAGAAAAGGAAAGAAAACUUGAGUUUUUAUAUUUAUUUGAAAUUAUUUGAUAGCAAAAGACUAUAAAAGGCUCAUUAUUAAAUUGCUUCAAUUAUAAAUUAUUAAAAUUCAUCGACUGUAUAAUCUGAAAAUGUUCUUACCUCAUGAAUGCGACACUUUCCUAAAAUGUUGCAUCUUUACAUUGCUAUGUAAGACUGGUGUCAUAUUGGGGACAAUGUUGCCAGACUAAAUGAACCCAGUGAAUAAUUGAACUGCGACUUAAACAAAUAUUAAAUGAUGAAGUGCUAAAUUGUUUUUGUGUGUCCGUCGCCAGUAUGAGACUAGAGUGAUACCCUGUCGGUACUUGUAUAUUAAUAAUCGCGCUGUAAUAUUAUUCCGCGUUAAUUUUAUUGUUUAUUUUGUAUAAAUAGAUUAUUAUUGCCGCGUAUCUGUGAUAUUGAUUUUAAAAUAUUUUUUUGUUGUGUAAUAUUUCUUUUUUAUUAUGUAUUUUGCAACUUAAUGUCAAUGUCACAGAUAUUUUUUGUGUUUUGUAUAGAAGGAUGUGUGUUGUGUGUAUAAAUUCCACUGUGAGGGUGUUUGUAAAGUACAACAGGUUUGUGCAGGUUCCGAGCGUCUGUUAUUAUGUUAAUUAUUAUUAUUUUAUAAUUAUGUUGGCAGUAUACACUACGUAUGCGGGUAUGUACGGUCGCGACUAGAGUCCUAUAAAGUCAUUUUCACUCUCACGAUUAUUUAUGACUAUAGAAAAUCGUGAAAAUGAAAAGAGUAGCCUGGGGAAGGAAAGAUAGAAAAUGCUGGAUUAUAAUAUUAAAUAUUAAAUAAUAUUAAUGUUUCAAAUUUUGAAACAUUAAUGAUAGAAGAGUGUCGCAACAUACUCAAAAUGAGCCUUUGAGUGCUACUUAAAAUGCAGCAAAAAUCUUUGAUAGAUGAGAGUAACAUUAACCCUUACUACUCAUAAAAUUGCAAACUACUAAGUUGUGUACAAUUUGGUGUGAUUGAAAAUAUAAUUUCCUUUAUAAUCUUUAAUUUCAGAGCAUAUUCUCUUCGGUAGUGCCUUUCUCUAACUCUACUUAUUAUCGUUGUAGCUUCCUCGUCGGCAAAUGUACAUUCAGCGUAUUUAAAUGUACGGAGUCAUUUAUUAAAUUAUCAACUUUAAAAAAUCUUCCAAAAAAAAUGAAAAAAUGUUUUUAAGCUUCAAAAUUCAUAAACUUUCACGUGGCGGGUUCGUGGGGUUACAAAAAUUAAAAAGCUACCAAAAUGGUAGAAUUAAUUUAGCUUGUAACAAAUGGAUAGCUGUAGUGACGCAUUGUCUUUGCUUCGUGCGCACGGGCGGCGCCGCUCCGAUACAAUAACUAUUAUAGUUCACCCGCUUGCCGAGACAUUUGCCUUCAAAAAAACCUAAAAAAAAAUUCAUCGCGAAAACUUAUGACUACAUUAAAAUGUCUCCGCAAGCAACCGAUAGUAUAAGAUAUAAACUAAUAAUGUAUGUAAUUGUAAACUAAACGUGUAACUAUUAAAUACCGAUAUGUUUAUUGGUAUUAUCCUAAUGUUGUUAUCUCUUUCUUAGGCGCUGUUGUUUGUGGCUCGGCGGAGCGCGGGACACCAAGCUUUACAUUCUAUUGUAUAUUUUGUCCAUAUUUAUAUAUUUUGGUAGUAGAUGUGAAUAUUUUAAUAUGCAGAUUGUUUACAUAAUCAUAUUGCGUUGUUGGGAUCUAAAGAGAUGUCUAAAUAAAUUUAGCGGCAGUCAAUUAUUUCUUGUAUAUUUGUGUAUGUUGUAGUAACGUGUCCGCGCGUUCCGACGACCCGUGUCUGUUAUCAAGUAUACAUUAUAAAGUACGUACCUUUCAGUGAUAGCCGAAUAAAAAACUUAUCUUUAAAUCUCAACGUUGAAGUGUAUAUGUGUAUUUAAAGCUAAAAUGAAGUAAAUUUGAUAAAAAAUACAGGUUAAUGUAAGCUUAAGUCGGUAGUGACGGUGCGCGGUGCAACACCCUCGGGAUCUAGUCACACAGACUGCCGUGUCCUGGUUUCAUACGUUAGUUAGUAACACACGAAUUGAUACAGCUACGAUAUAAGUGAGUGCUCAUGUAUACCCGCUCAGUAUUAUCCGGGACCGCGCGCCUUAGCUUGUUAGUGUAGCGGGGGUUAUGCCGAGUGUAGGGAAGGUUACGGAGACCAAGCCGGCUCGGAGGCAUGUUGUCUAGUGUGCUCUAGCGUAGGACACGUUGUUGGUAGCGCCCCGAACACGUAGUGCCCCGACCGUUGACUCAUUCCCAUCGUUGUUGUAACUAAUCUAAUUAAUAUUGUAACGCAAAUAACGUUAUUAUUGAUAAAGUCGGUGUACGCUGUCGUUAUAUAUGAUUAGCAAAUUAUUCACUGCUUUUUGUAUGUGCAACGAAUAUAUAAGUAUGUUUUCUAUUGAUAUUUUCCUGGCUGUUUCUGUGAAACAGGUUUUGUAUAAUUUGUGGGCUGCGGCGCUGUUCGCGCUACGUCUCAGGUGGAACUUAUUAUUUGUGUACAUUACGUGAUGUGAGCUGUCUUUGUGAAACUCUUGUUAUCUGUUACAAAUAUUUAUCAUAAUCUUUAUGAACGUUAUUUUUUGUUGAUGUUUCUAUAAACGUUUUGGCGUCGCUUGACUAAACGACCGUCACUUAGAUUCAUAUCUUUAGGAGAACAGAGAAUAAUUAUAUUGUCUGUUCUGUUCCGAGUGUACUGUUUGUUAUAUUGUGGUAGCAACUGAAGUAUAUAAUGCAAAUUAAUGCUAACUAGUUAUCAUAGUACAAUAUCUCAUAUCACGAUUUCUUUAUUCGGGGGAUGUAUAAAGGAUUGUUCUGACGGUACAAUAACUAUCUUAUAAUAAUCAAAUUCUUGUGAUUUAGCGUCGUAUUUAUAUCGUAUUUAUGUAAACGAGGCCUUUCGCUGUGUUGUCAAAGCGGUGUCCGUAGUGUAGUGGAACGAUUGCUUUGAUAGACACAUGUGUGAAGGCCUUUAGAUUUGUUCGUAUCUGGCGAGUUGCUGCGGUUUGUCGAGUUAGGUAUACUAAUGUAACGGGAACACGCGUAUCUUGUCUGUCGUUGCCAUGGCAACCGGCGCAGCCACAUAUCGCCUCAUCGCCUCAUAGUCUACUCGGUGCGUCUUCACUUUACUUGGCGCUAUUGUAAAACGACUGCAUUUUUUUACUACAAUUUUAUUUUAUACUCGAAACUGAUUUAAUACUGUUCAACAAUAAGCUUAUAAAGUAAAUAUAUAAUUGUUUAAUGCACUUUGUUCUAGUAAAAUGCAAGAAUAGAAAAUUCUACUAAAUAGGUAACUUAUAUUGAUUAUAAUAAAAUUAAAUAAAUGUUAAUAUAUAAAGUAAAAGUUGUGUACGUUUGUAUUAAUAUAGCGUGUACGACCAAAUAUUUUAUUCACUGUCAGUACUCCGAGGUUGCGAUGUUGAUUGUGAAGUAGACGGUAGAUGCACUAACUACACGACCUAAUGCUAUUUGUAUCAUUUCUUGGCUGUGUUUUGUUGCGACAUUUCUGUUUCUACUGCUGCUAUGGAAAUUUUUAAAUGUUUAUACUGGUCACGCUGGCCACUUUCUGAGGCGCCAACUGGCGUUCUUAUUUUGAAUUUGGGAAUGUAAACUCCAGUACUUAAAGAUGGCGCGUAAGUGUUAGGAAGUGGCCGUGUGCUGAUCACAGAAUGAUUAUAAAUGAUUGUAUUGUAAUAUGUAUUUGUUGUGAAAUGAGUUGUAUGUGUGAGGCAGUUCGGUAUCAGGUCGUGCAUUCGUCAUUACCCGCUGACAUGUAUUCACUGUAUGAAACUAUGAUAUUAUAUUAAUAUGAAAACAAACAAUUCCUGAGAUAAUAAAAAAGGAAAAUAUUAUAAA